AUGUUUAGCAUAAUAAUCAUUGUAUUGCUUACAGUCAUCGAGAUUACCGCAUCUACAAAUCAUACCAAGGUUGCUGUGAAACUGUCAAAUAACGAUAACAGUGUACUCUGCAACCAGACGGUUACUUGUAAGGCGUCAACUUUAUAUCAUUCUGUUUUAGUGUGUGACAAAUGUCAGGCAGCAGUUAAAUACAUUCAGUCAGUUUUACUAGAAGAUUUUGAAGUUAAAAAGAUUGACAAUUGGAUUGAGACACUUUGUAAAGUCACUGGAGGUUAUAACAUUACAUGUUCAGCUUUAUUGGCCCAAUACGUUGACAAUGCUAUUCAGAUGAUAAACUCUACAAAUCCUAUCACACCUUGUCAGACUAUUAAACUAUGUAAAUAG